UUGGAGAAAAGGGAAAACCAUCAAAAAACCAGGUAUAAGCAGAAUUACAAAAGACAAUUGCCUUGGCAAACCAACCGAAGAAAGAAAAGGCAAAGACAGAGCAAAAGAAAAAAAUGAACAAAGGAAAAGAAAAGAAAGAAGCUGAAGAAGAAGAAGAAGAAGAAGUCGAUUACGACAAGGAGGUGGUCAGCCUAAUCUUGAUUCUGCUGUGCAUAACAUUCCUUUUUGCCAACUCUUCAUCGACUUUGCAUUUGAAAUUAUUUGAGCACUGUGUGAAUCUAGACACACUUUCAAGCUAUUCGUGGGCAAGAGCUGUUUCAGCCUACAUGAAUGAAUCCUUGACCACAAAAGCAAUAGCAAAAGCAAAGAAGGGAGGAGAAGCCUCUAUAGGAGCUGUUUCGGGUUGCACUAUCCUAAUAUUGUUUCUACUGUGUGAGAGGACAAACAUCAUACAACCAAUCCUUGGCAAGGAGAAAGAAACUCCUGCCAUUCUUAAAUGGAGUCUUGUGGAACUCCACACAAGAUUCAACCAAAUAAAGGACUUGAAUGACAUCGAGGGUAUUUUUAAAACUCCUAAAAAGCAAAAAACUACCAGGGAAGAGGAAGAUAAUGUUGAGAAGGGUAUUUUGAAAACAUAUAAAAAGAGAAAAACUACCGGAGAAGAGGGAGACCCUCUUGACAAGAAAGAAGAUGAUGAGGGACAAAAAGGAGAAGCAGAGGAAGCUGGAAAAGAACCUCUUGCAAUUCAAGACCUCUUGGUGAAGUCUAUGACAGACCAAAUCAACUACCGCCAACAAGAAGAUCCCAGCUUCGUUUGCCCGGAAAAAUUACAGCUGGGGAAGGAUGAAAAAAAUGAAGACAGUGAGAAGAAAAUGAAGGACUUGUGGGAUAUCUUUAUCCAAGCAGAAAAGAGGUCAAAGGAGCUGGAAGUGGAGUUGGCAACAUACAUAGAGAAAUUAGAUAAUGAAGAAUGUAACAGAGAAAGAAAGAGGCUUCAAGCUUCUUGCUAUGUGUACGAAAAAAAUAAGAAAAAAAAAAAGGAGGCAAAAAAGGAUGAUGAAGAACUACCACAAUUCAAGCUUAUCUCGUCCGAGGAGUUAACACAAGAGGCAUCUCAGCCCGAUGCCACAAAUCCAAUUCCUGAUCCCCUAAAAGGAACGAGCCUUCAUGAUUCAAUUCCUGUAGGUCUGGAACAAUCAAGUGAUGAAGAUGAAGGACAAAAAAAGCCAACAAAGAAAAAACUUGGAUGGGGUCAGAGGAAGGUGUGGCAGAAAAUUCCAAAGGCGGAUAGGGAAAGAAUUGAAAAACACUACUUAAGUACUCAACCUCGUGAUAUCUUUUGGGCAGGACUCAAUAGUGAGAAAGUGACAAACCAUGAUCUCAAAGAUAUUGUAUGGGACUUGGAACUGUCACAAAACGUUAUUGAGGCCUAUAUCCAAAUAGAGGAGGAUAAAAUAGACCCCAUGCAGACAGGGAGUCCACAGUACAUGUCCACAUGGACUUGGGCUUACAUGCAAAGCUUCGAAGAGCCAAUUUGGCACAGGGCCCUGUAUGAACACUUACUUGAAAAACUCGGGAAAUGCAGUGUUCUUUUCUUCCCGAUUAUUUCAAAAGAAGAGUUCCACUUCACACUUCUCACAUUUCACAAAAAAGAACGAAAGUGGAGACACUACAAUCCACUUAGAUCGUUGGGACAUAGAAAAGAAGAAAGGUGCAUUGACAUUGCCCGAAACUUUGUAAGUGGAAUGAAACUGUCUUAA